AUGUCGUACAAAGGUCCUAUCCGAAAUUUGAAAAUUAUUGGGUCUUUGGUGCGGGUAAUUGGGUGUGGAUAUGAAUCUGAUGAAGAGAAGAGCAGCGAGCCGCUGCCUCUGAGGCAGCAAGGAUCUCGCCAUCAAGAGAGAGAGGGUGUCUCAGUACCUGCACACUUCCAGUGCUGUAAGAACACACACAACAUACUGUCCAAAAGUCGCUUUAAUGCAUGCAGGGAUAAGAGGCAGAAGGAAGCUCGAAAGAAUGCCGGGAUUGGUGUCAAAUGUCAACAUGAGAAUCAUCGAUGUCUCAAAGCUUUCAUGAACAACAAGCACGGUCUCAAAGCCAUGCUGACGUCAGCAGAAGGAAUCCCUCUCCUCGUCCGAUCCAUCAAUCCAAAAGUCCCGCACAUGAUGGUGGAUGUAGUCAAACUGCUGUCUGCCAUUCUGUAUCCUCGAGCAUCCAGGGAAAACAUCCGAGUUCUGGAGUGCAUCACUGAGCAGGCUGAAGAGCAGGAGAUCGAGAGGUUCCAGCCGCUGCUGUCUGGCAUGCAUAAAAACUCCAUCACGCUCAAGGCCGGCUGUAUGCAGCUGAUCAACGCUCUCAUCAGUCGAGUGGAGGAGCUGGACUUCAGGAUCCACCUGAGAUCAGAACUCAUGAGACUGGGACUCAAAGACCUGCUGAAGGAGGUGAGGUCGAUAGAGAACGAGGAGCUCAAGGUUCAGUUGCAGGUGUUUGAAGAACAAGCUGAUGAAGACUCUGAAGAUCUUCGCUCCCGGUUGGACGACGUUCGUCUUGAGAUGGACGAUGUGAAUGAAGUCUUCCAGAUCUUGAUGAACACAGUGAAGGACUCUAAAGCUGAACCUCUCUUCCUGUCUCUGCUACAGCACCUGCUACUGGUGCGAAACGACUACAUGGCCAGGCCUCAGUACUAUAAACUCAUCGAUGAGUGUACGGCUCAGAUCGUUCUGCACAGGAACGGCUGUGAUCCAGACUUCAAAUGCAGGAAGUUUGAUCUGGAAGUGGGCUAUCUGAUAGAUAACAUGGUUGAUCAGACCAAAGUGGAAAUCAGUGAAUCUAAGGCCACGGAGCUGGAAAAGAAGCUGGACGCGGAGUUGACAGCCCGUCAGGAGCUGCAGGUGGAGCUGAAUAAGAUGGAGUCCGAUUACGAGCAGAAGGUUCUGGAGCUGAGCACUGAUAAAGAGAAGCUGGGGAAAGAGAAGAAUGACCAGGAGAAAGAGAACCAGGGCCUGCAGUCCGAAAUCAGCCAACUCAAAGAGAAGAUUGAGAAGCUCUCAAAAGACCUCAAAGAAGCCAAAGCAAAGGUCAUCACCGUACAUGUGCCUGUGGCUCUGCCCCCCAGCCAAUCAGCAGCUUCCACCCCCUCCUCGGUGCCACCUCCCCCCCUCCUGGUGAAGCCUGCAUCCCCUCCUCCUCCCCUACCUCCUCCUCUACCAGGACGAAGGGGCGUUUGCCUACCAGGACAGAUGGGUGUGCCCCCACCUCCUCGACCUCUGGCCGGAGCACCUGGCCUGCCUCCGCCCCCUCCAGCUCCUUUACCUGGAGCACUUGGUAUGUUGCUGGAGCAGCCGGUACCACCACCCCCACCUCCGCCUUUACCAGGCGCACCUGGAAUGCCGCCUCCUCCUCCUCCUUUACCUGGAGCACCUGGUAUGCCACCGCCUCCGCCUCCUCCGCCAGGGAUGCCCGGUAUGCCUCCUCCACCUCCUCCGAUGGGCGGUCCUGGGAUGCCUCCACCCCCUCCGGGUGGGUUUGGUGGAUGGGCGCCUCCUGUUCCUCAGCUGCCCUUCGGCCUCCAGCCUAAGAAAGACUACAAACCUGAGGUGCAGCUGAAGAGAGCCAACUGGAGCAAGAUCGCACCGGAGGAUCUGUCUGAGGGCAGUUUCUGGGUGAAGGCAAAAGAGGAUCGCUUUGAGAACAAGGAGCUGUUUGCCAAACUCACUCUGACCUUCUCCACCCAGACUAAGACCUCUAAAGGUAAGAAGGAUCAAGAGGCAUCUGAGGAUAAGAAAAACACCCAGAAGAAGAAGGUAAAGGAGCUGAAGGUGCUCGACUCCAAAACAUCCCAGAAUCUCUCUAUAUUCUUGGGUUCAAACAGGAUGCCUUAUGAAGAGAUGAAGAAUGUCAUCCUGGAGGUCAAUGAGAAAGUUCUCACUGAAAACAUGGUGCAGAGCUUGCUGAAGCUGCUGCCGGAACAGGAACAGAUGAACACAUUAUCAGAAAUGAAAGAUGAGUAUGAGGAGCUGGCUGAGUCUGAACAGUUUUGGAGUUGUGUUAAUGUGAAAAUUCCAUCAAGUCUGUGGCAUCCAACCUGUCCAUUCUUCACAUUUAACGCAAAAAACAGCAAUAAACGUUGGGCUCCCAUAACAUGUUGGGGUGAGAUCAGUUCAGUGAAGCGUUUGAAGCCUCGUCUGACCUCCAUCCUCUUCAGACUUCAGUUUGAGGAGCAGGUGAAUAACGUCAAGCCGGACGUGGUGGCGGUGACGGCCGCCUGCGAGGAGCUUCGGAAGAGCGAGAGCUUCGCCAAGCUGCUGGAGAUGACACUGCUGCUGGGAAACUUCAUGAACGCAGGAUCUCGCAACGCCAAAGCUUUCGGCUUCAGCAUCAGUUACCUGUGCUGUUUGCGAGACACUAAAUCCGCCGAUCAGAAACAGACUCUACUGCACUUCCUGGCGGAAAUAUGUCAGGAGCAUUAUCCUGAGGUCAUGACCUUCUCAGAGGAGCUCAUCCACGUGGAGAAAGCCAGCAGAGUUUCGGCAGAGACGCUUCAGAAGAAUCUAGAUCAGAUGGGAAAGCAGAUUAAAAACCUGGAGAAAGACAUCGAGACGUUCCCCCCUCCACAGAGCGACAAAGACAAAUUCGUAGAGAAAAUGACCAUAUCCUUUACUUCCUCCCGGGCCUUUUUUGUAGCGACGGCUAGUGAGCAAUUUGAGAAGCUCAAGCUGAUGCAUCAGAACAUGGAGAAGCAGUAUGAGGAUUUGGCCAAGUACUUUGUCUUCGACCACAAAAAAAUGAGUCCAGAAGAGUUCUUCGGUGACCUCAACAACUUCAGGAACAUGUUCCAGCGGGUGAAGGAGAACCAGAAACGGAAAGAAGCAGAGGAGAAGAUUCGUCGAGCCAAACUGGCGCGAGAGAAAGCGGAAAAAGAGAAGAAAGAGGAGGAACAGAAGAGAAUGCACGCUGGACAGGAUAUUCCCAACAUCAAUGAUGGAGGGGAUUGGAAUGAGACUGGUAUCAUGGAUGGUUUGUUGGAGGCGCUGCAGUCUGGAGCUGCUUUCAAGAGGAAGAGAGGACCACGACAAGCAGGAAACACGCCAUCUUCCGUUCCGAUGAUGGGCAACGAGUUCCUUGUUGCCGAUGGCAUUUCCUAUCCGUUAAGCACCGGCCAAAAAUCGAGAGGAGCUGGUCACGCCGUGACAAACAUUCUCGCCAAAGAGCUUCUUCAAGAGGACGCCCCUCCAGGUGCCAAGAAAAGACCCAUUUGGGAAACAGAGGACAGGAAGGAGCCCCUCUCCGGAAGACAGGGGCCCUCACUGGAGGACCUCUUAGAUGAUGCGCCGUUUACGGUCAAAUUAAGGACUUCCUCUCUGAUCCUGCCGUGUUAA